AUGACAAGAAAGGAAAAAGAAAAGGGAGCCAGCCGGAAGCCUGACGGCGGCGCGGCCAUCGGCUCGGCUGUGGACGGCUGCAUCCUCGGAGGCGCGCUCGGAGGCAUCUUUGCGUCCGGACAGGCGCUGCAGCUUGGCCUCGUCGGCGGUGGAAUCUUUGUGCUGCGCUCGGCGGCGCGGUCCGCCAUAAGCCUUGGCGGCUUCCUCUCGUUUUACAAUGGCGGCACAUGCUCACUCGAGCGGGCCAGAGGGAAGAAGGAUGCAUUCAACCCGUUCGCAGUCGGCGGGCUGAUUGGCAUCGCAGGCGGCCUGCCCGGGUACCUGACCCCCAUGCCGCACGCACCGUACCUCUACCGCAACACACGCGCCCUCGCCGGUGCGGGCUUGAGCAGCGCGCUGCUGUGCUCGGCCCUCCCGUUUCUGUUUGGAGGCGGCACGUCGCGAGAGGAGGCUCCAGGCGCUCCUCCCGUCGCCGCUCCCGAGGAGCGAGUCACCCCUCCGGCGGCGCUUCCACACGCCCUCGAGAGCGCGGCGGGAGAGCUUGCUCCCGCGCCGGCCUUCGACGAGUCGCCGCCGUCGGUCGACCCGGCUGCGGGAUGGGGGAUUGCGCCUUCCGAUGGCGCGGUGCUUGCUCCGGUGGCGGCGCCAGCGGGUGGCGGGGGCGAGGCCCUGGUGGACAAGUGGGCGGCAAAGUGA